AUGUCUAAGAGUAAUAUAGUACCUCCUACUGGAGGAGGAGAAACUCUCUGUCUUGGAAGCGAAACCCCCAUUCUGGCUGUAUGGGGGGGUGUCGGUUUCACGAGACUGCCAUUAAAAGACUUACGAGAUCUCUAUGUGCUGCACAAAGAUGACCUCGAAGAAUUCCUCCAGCGCUGCAGUCAGACCAUGCGCUCCUUUUCCUCUGAUGAAGGCGAGCGGUCAACAGAUAACGUGCAGCAAGACCUUAUGGAGUGGAUCACCGACUCAUCGCGACGACUGCCACCCGGCCAUGCUCUACCCGCCGAGGUCUCCGGCGUUGUAACUGCCAUCUUGCAGAUUUCUCGCUAUGUGAUAAUGUGCAGGAGGUGUAGAUUGACUCCGGGGGAAAUGGCGCAGUCCUUUUCGGCGUUUUCGGGUCAUUCAGUCGGCAUCGUCGUGGCCGCUUGGAUGGCGGUGGCUGACUCGUGGUCCUCGCUUUAUGACUUGACCAAUGUAGUCAUGUCUGAUAUUUACUACGGCAUACGUCAGGCGAGUACCAUAUGGGACCAGAGGGCCAGGGUCUCCCAGGCGAUGGCGACCGAAUGUGUGCGACGAGGCGAAGGUACACCCUCCUCAAUGCUCUCCAUCACGGGCCUCGAACGAUCCAAGAUCACCAAAGCAAUAGAUGAAAUGAACAUCAUCUUACCUGAGGGUCGGACGGUGCAUUUGGCACUCCUCAACGAUGUCGAUUCCUUUGUCGUAGCUGGAAGUCCAGAAGGCCUGGUAGCUCUGGCUAGCCGGCUAAGAACAUCACAAUCAUCCGAUGUUGACGAGGCACACACCCCGGUCAAUGAUCGCCAACCUCGAUGUUCCCUCCAAUUUGUUCCCUCGCAUUUGCCCUUUCAUUCGCCACUUCUUCAGAAAGCAGCGACCGAAAUUCGAAAGAAGCCGAACCAACACCGACUUCGAAGGGAUCAGAUCCGCGUACCUGUGUGGGGAUUGGAUUCACUGCUUCAAGAAGACCCGAGCUUGGCGGAUAACUUGGAGCAUUGUCUCGUUGAAAUGAGCCUGUCACAACCCGUUGACUGGCCCAAGACUUUGGAGCCCAUGACUGGGCGGUGGCAGGUGCUAGACUUUGGACCUGGAGGUUCUAACGGCAUCGGAAUGGUGAUCAACAAAAUGAAACCGGGAACUCAGACUAAGAUAUAUACGGUCUGUCCGGCUGAACGCUGGCGGACACGCACUCAGGACAGUCCCUCGGCCAACCUCAUCUCAACUUUAUCCAUCGGUCCAACUUCGCGACAAUAUUCCAAUGUCGAAUUCGUGGCACGUGAAGUCUCUCGACAGGAACAGAGCAACGAGCGGGUAGCGUCCCGUUUUAUGCAUGCUAUGGGCUUGCCCAAUGUUCUGGUAGCUGGCAUGACGCCCACAACCUGCGAUCCAGGCCUCGUUGCAGCUAUCAUGAACGCUGGGUUUUAUGCAGAAUUGGCAACUGGAGGCUAUCAUGACGCACCGUCAUUGGAAAAUGCCGUUUGGGCGUUAGCAAAAUCAAUUCCGCCCGGUCGACUCAUCACUGUGAAUAUUGUCUACGCCAAUCCUCAAGGUCUCAGCUGGAUGAUCCCACUCCUUGCAUCCCUUGUUCGGAAGGGCUGCCCGAUUGGCGGGCUAGUCAUUGGUGCAGGCGUUCCAUCUGCAGAAAUUGCCGCUGAAUAUAUCAAAGUUCUGGAGCUGUCAUACAUAGGCUUUAAGCCAGCUUCUGCUUCUGCUAUUUACCAGGUACUAGAGAUUGCCAAAUCUCAUCCCACUCUUCCAAUACUUCUACAGUGGACCGGAGGAAGGGCAGGGGGCCACCACUCCUUUGAAGAUUUCCACCAGCCAAUUCUUGAAACUUAUCAUGCCAUCUGCGAGGUAUCGAACGUGCUUCUGGUAGCUGGUAGUGGCUUUGGAGACGCCGACGGGUCGUGGCCAUACAUUUCUGGGGAAUGGUCAUCUCAGUUCGGCCGACAACCGAUGCCCUUCGAUGCAAUUCUGCUCGGGACUUGCAUCAUGACAACCCUGGAAGCGAAAACCAGUCAAGAUGCCAAGCAGGCUUUAGUCAACGCCCGUGGGGUAGCUGAUGCAGAAUGGCUAUCUACUUUGAAGGGAUGUACCGGGGGUGUCAUUUCUGUCAUAUCGCACUUGGGAGAGCCGAUGCAUGUUCUUGCUACUCGUGGAAUGCGGCUGUGGGCUGAGCUAGACAAGACCCUAUUCACGCUCCCCAAGGACAAAAUGAUCACAGCCCUUCGUUCUCGUCGUGAAUAUCUCAUCUCCCGAUUGAACGACGACUACCAGAAGGUCUGGUUUGGAUUUGACUAUGUCUCAAACAAAGCUGUCGAUCUCGCCGACAUGACCUACUUCGAUGUGCUCCGUCGGCUCCUUGAGUUGCUGCACCCCGAUACAAGAGGGGACUGGACAUUCCCAUCAUAUCAAAAGAUUUUCAAUGCAUUCCUCGAGCGGACCAUGGAACGUUUUGGUGGUGUUCCUCUCGACAGCUCUAGUGUCCCACAAGAGAAACUUGACGCAGUGGCAUCCGCUAUACCACAUCUCGCCUUUCAUUUCCUGUCCUUAGAAGACACACACUACUUUGUGGAUCUCUGUCAACAAAAAAGGCAGAAACCAGUUCCGUUCAUCCCGGUUCUUGACUCGGAAUUCCCUGUCUGGUUCAAGAAAGAUCCACUUUGGCAGUCAGAAAACCUUGAUGCGACUUAUCACAGGGAUGCCGGCCGUGUAUGUAUUCUCUGUGGCCCUGUAGCGGUCCAACAUUGCAAAGAGGCCAAUUUACCAGUCUCCACCUUGCUCCGCCAGAUCCACCAUGGUUAUACAGCCAAGGGAACUCAGUUGACCCCACCAGCCGCAUGGUUAGAUGACAAGCAUGACCUCUUGCACGCUCUCAAAGCACUCCAUGUCAACCUUACAGAUGAUGUGAUUCAACAUCCCGACAGGAGCCUUGAUUCUGUGAGCAGCGAGAGAUGGCUACUCCUGCUGGGAUCUCAAUUAGGCGAAUGGGGUAGGCGCCUCUUUGGAGCCCAGAAAUUGGUAUUUCAUGGACAGUCAUAUGAGAACCCAGUCAGGCGCAUUUUCUCUGCCCGUCCAGGUAUUCUGGUGCGACUUCUGGAGAAGGCCAAAUAUGGGUAUGGUGGGGCAGAAAUAUGUGACCGCGCUACCGGCCUGGUUGAUGCGCGAGUGUCGAUUAAUGGAAGCACUAUUACUGCGGCAAUACUCGCCAGAUGUUCGCUUGGUGGCCAUCUCCGUGAAUUAUCUUUUCAAUUUUUGUACGAUCCAUCGUGUUCGUAUGCUCCUAUUGUGGAGAUUACGGAAGGCCGCACACAGCGAAUACUUGACUUUUACCACAGUGUGCUUUUUGGUCCGACCAUGAUCCGCUCCAAGGAAGUAAAGCCUCAUUUCAUGCAGCACUCUUCUUUGACCGUGUCAAAAAGCCAUGUACUGGCAUGGAUGCGAGCGGUCGACGGACAGGAACUAGACGCCGCGGAUCCCCUAGGUCCCAACGGAGAGGUCCCCAUUGAGUACGCUACAAUCUUAACUCUAAUGGAUCAAUGGCGCCAUCUCUUUACCUGGGAUUGGGAUAUCUCGAAGCUUUUACACCAGCGCACCAUGGUUGAAAUGAGAGAUGGCCACCGCAUGCUUGCUGUGGGUGAUGAAGUCAGGGUUACCACCCAGAUUCGCGCCUUGCAUAAUCGUGACUCCGGAAUCGAGGUUGUCUUCGAUGUUAGAUACGAGCGAGAAGGCGCAAGGAUCAUGGAUUGCAUCCAGCAAAUUAUGAUGCUCGGCCAACGAGCUGCUGAGUCCGACUGUUCUGACUCUGGUGAACCCACCACUUGGGUGCUGCCCCUACGGAGUGAAUCGGACGUACAAGCAAUACAGGCCAAGCCAUGGUUCUCUUUGAUUGAUGGCAACGAGUCGCUGAAUGUUGGUCAAACUCUCAUAUUCGAGAUAAAGCGCGAGACUCGGUUGCAAGACGGCAGUUCCGUUGCCAGCACGACUGGAGAUGUCUGGCUCCAGGAACCCAAACAUCUCUGUGGCAAGGUCAAACUCAUGUGCAAAGCUACCCAUCCCGAUGUUGUUGCAGACUUCAUGAAACGGGAGGCUUCCCGCACGGGCGAACCACUUCGGCUCCCACUACAGACUGGCAUGACAUUUCAAAUCACCCCUCCAGACAACAGUAUUGAAUAUGCGGUAGCUGGCGGUGACUACAAUCCAAUCCACACUAUUCCCACUUUUUCACGUUUCUCGGGCUUUGAAGUACCAGUCUACCAUGGCAACCACACGAUCGCCCUUGUCCUUCAACUAAUCCGACGUGAGAUUCCGGGUGCAAAUGUGAUGACACUUCGCAAAUACGAUGUAACUUUCUCGGCAGUGGUUUUCCCACGCGAGAAACUCACAGUGUUGGUAAAGCAUGUCGCCAUGGAUGAAGGGCGGGUCAUUCUCAGCAUCUCUGCUCAGCGCGAAGGAUCAGAGGAAACAGUUCUGGCUGCUGAAGUUGUGCUGGAUCCACCCACAACAACACUCCUAUUCACUGGCCAAGGUAGUCAGUUUCAAGGAAUGGGUUUGGACAUGAUUGCCGAAAGUCGUGCAUGUCGCCGUGUGUGGGCAGAAGCGGAUGCGUACUUCGAACAUAACUGGGGUUUGUUGUCCCUCUUUGCUGUAUCGGCAUUGCUUACUGACAUCAUGAAAACAGGAUUUUCAAUCACCCAAAUCGUCAAGAACAACCCGAAACAAACGACUGUCAACUUUUGUGGAAAGCUGGGCAUGCAAGUGCGCAAGAACUACCUAGAUAUUCAGCGGAUGUUGAGCGGAUCAUCUACUCCGGAGCUCGAGCUUUUCAAGGGUCUCACCGUGAAGUCCCGAUCAUACACAUUCUUCAAAGAGGAUGGGCUCCUCAGCAUGACACAAUUUGCCCAACCGGCUAUAUUCGUGCUUGAGAAAGCCGCGUUUGAGUAUUUGAAAGAGCAAGGCCGGGUGUCUCUCAAUUCACACUUUGCCGGUCACUCCCUGGGCGAGUUUGCUGCGCUGGGCUCCAUGACAUCGAUCAUGUCGGCAACAGCGGCAUUGAAAGCAGUAUUCAUUCGUGGUGCCCUGAUGCAAGCAGCUACUCCUCGAGAUGCGCUGGGACGCAGUGCCUUUGCUAUGAUGGCAGUGGACCCAACCCGUGUAGGAAAAGAAUGCUCCGAAGAACAUAUUCUGAGAAUUAUUGAUAAGAUAGUCAACAGAACCGGGCUCCCACUACAAAUGGUCAACUUCAAUAUCAAAGGUCAUCAGUACGUCUGUGCAGGCGACAAACGGUGCCUUGAGCUACUGCAAAGAGUUACAGACGAGUUGCACCAUGACAAAUCGAAUCUUGACUGUUCCGAGAUUUUAGUUGCCAAGUAUGCCAGCAAGAUAGCGGCCUCUGCCAAUGGUGUCUCCUUGAGCCGCGGGACGGCAACAGUGCCGCUCAAAGGCAUUGACGUGCCAUUCCAUUCAAGCCUCCUGGCACCUAUGAGAGGCAUAUUCCGCACCAUACUCGCUGACUGCGUAAAUAAGAGUGAGGUGCAGCCGGAGGUACUGGUUGGGAAGUGGAUUCCCAAUGUGACAGGAAAGCCAUUUGCACUCGAUGAUGCUUACGUCAAACUGGUUGGUGAGAUGACUUCCUCUGUAUGA